AAUUUAAACAAAAAUAUUUUUAAUAUCGAAAAAAAUAGGAAAAAAGAAAAUAAAAUAGUUUAAGAACAAUGAAAUGUUAUAAAAUCAUUAUUAUCAUUGUUAUAAAUAUAAAAAAAAAUGUAUGAAAGAACAAGUCAAAGGUUUGCAAUUCAUUUCAAAACUGUCCUUGUAUCCAGAUGUUAAGUGCUUAUUUCCUAUUUCAUUUCAAAUGCAAAAUAUCUUUCAAGUAUUAUAGUAUAACUGUGAAGUGAGUCAAAUCAUUCAAAGAAUAAGACAAUAUACAAAUAUUUUUAACUAUUUUUAUAAAUUAUAUGCAACCGAUUAUAAGUAAUAAUGUCAACGUUUUAACAUCAAUUUUAUCAAUUAUCUCUGCUGAUAAGAUAGAUAACAGAAAAUAAAUUUUAUAUGUUGAAUUCGCGAAAUUAUCAGUUAUACGCUGAUUUUCAAGCAAUAACUAUCAUGGUUCGUGAUCGAAUGCCGGAAUUACGUGCUUAUCAAAAUAAUAGCACUACAUUUGGUAAAGGAUUUUUACAAGAUGUACAUAUCCAAAUUUACCAAAAUAAAAAAUUGAAAGAAGUAUUAGAUAAAGUUGAAGGAAUUCGAGAUUUAAUUCAACUUAUUGCUGAAAAUACUGCUAUUGUAAGGAAUUUGCAUAAUAAUGUUUUAUCAUAUACUAAUAAAGAUAUACAAAAAGAAUUGGAAAAUCGAAUGUGUACUAUUUCACAAACGUCAUUUCGUAUUCAACAAAAAUUAAGAGAAAUGAGUAAAGAAGUUGUUCCCAUUGAUGAUUUAACCAUAACUAGUGCAAGAGAAGGACCAAUACAUAUACGAAUUAAAGCAUUACAAUAUACAACAAUGUUAAAAUUAUUUUCUCAAAUUAUGGAAGAAUAUAAUAAUUCUAUGUUGAGAUAUAAUGAAAAAUGCCGUUUACUUUUACAUCAACAAAAACUGUUAAUUAGAAAACACAUUACAAGUGAAGAAUUAGAAAAGCUACUUGAUGUUCAAGAAAAUAAUAUAUUUGUUGAUAAUAUUUUAGAAGAUAGUAAAAUUGCAAAGCAACAAUUAUCUGAUAUUCAAAAUAGACAUAAUGAAAUAAUAAAAAUAGAAAAAUCUCUUGCAGAAGUUAGAGAUAUGUUUACAGAAAUGGCAUUUCUUAUUGAGAAACAAGGAGAACAAAUAAACAAUGUGGAAUAUUUUGCUGGAAAAACAGCAGAUAAUAUUGAUUCUGGUCGUAUUGAUCUUAAAAAAGCAGAAAAAAAGAAUCAAAGAUAUAGAAAGGUAAGCGCUCCCUUAACAGGAAUGAGAACAGUAUAUGAACAACAAGAAGAUACUGGGACAAUUUUUACAUUACGCGAAAAUAUAUCCAUUACACGAAGUGUUUUGUGGAAUGUAUAUAUUUGGAUGAUGGAAAUUAUAUUACGACUUUGUCCAACUAUAAUUCUUCUUUUGCUAAACAGUUUUGUAAUCAAGAGAUUUUUACAACUCAAUGCUAAAAAAAGAGAAUUUCAAUCAGUUUCUGAAAAAUUUCGCAAUCCAAAUAUUCCUGAAACCUCUCUAUUAACUCGCAAUCGAGGAUACAGAGAAGAACAGCAUUUAGCAAUAUUAAUGGCGAUAAUGGCAAUAUGUUUUAUAAUAACAAUGAUUCCUUCAAUAUUGCUUGAAUUUUUACAUCAUGAUUAUGAAAAUAUGAAUGAUGAUUGCCUUUUAUUUCGAGCAUUUGCUGCUGUUACAGAGCUUUGUAAUUUUGCUGCCCAUAUUAUCAUAUAUUUUUCAUGUAGUAAAGAAUUUCGAAAAGAAUUUCUCAAAAUUCUUCAGAAUAGAUGCAGAAAAAGUGUUAUAGAAGAAGAUUUUGAUCGACCAAUAGGGGAAAUUGAAGAUUAUAGUCGGCAUGGUACAACAGUUCGAUUAACACCUGAACAAACAAAAUUAAAUUCUCCAGCUUCUGUAAGUAAAUUGAAUCCAAUGGAAGAAGAUAAAGAAUCAGAAAUAUUAAAUGCCGCUGAUGUUGUCUAAGAAUUAUAUUAUAUAUAAUUUAUUAUAUUAUAAUAUAUUUUAUAUAUAUUUUAUAUAGAUA